AUGCCACAUCUACGGCUUGGUGCUGGUGCCCGCUCAAUUGGCUUAGGCGGUGCUUUCACAGCAAUCGCCGAUGAUGCCACCGCAACCGUUUGGAACCCAGCAGGACUCGGCUCCGCAGCGGAUUUAAGCCUCAAUUUCUCAACACAGCAGCUUGAUCUCGAUAGAAGCCAUAACUUCAUCGCGUUGACGAAAGCUCUCGGUUCAGCGGGAUCUAUAGGAAUUGCUGUCACAAACGCAGGUGUAAGUGGUAUCCAGCAAUACGAUGCCAAUGAACGCUACAGUGGAGAAUUCGGCUACAGCUCAAAUGCCUACUCUCUCUCUUACGGUAUCGGUUUCGGAAACUUCGGUGUCGGUCUAACGGGCCGUAUGCUGACGGAUAACUUCGGGGCAGAAGGCGUUGAGAACCAGAGUGGCUUCGGUGGUGUAGAUAUCGGACUAAUGGGACAUGCCCUGCACAUAGAUGUAGGCGAAGAAAAGGUCCCAACCUUCCACUACGGUAUCGUCGCUAAAUAUCUCGGGGCAUCUCUCGGCGACGACACUGUGCCGAUGGUUAUCAACCUCGGUGUAGCCUACAAUCUCUAUAUGGGCAACGUCGUCACAUUCGCGGCGGAUCUUGAACAAGAGUCCGUGAAUCUCGACGAAAGUGCUACGAGCCUAAGACUCGGUGCUGAAUAUACGAUUCUCACUUACAAAUCAACUGCGCUUGCCAUCCGAGGUGGUGUCAGAGCAUCACGCGAUGCCCAAAACCUCUUCGGUGGAUUUGGUGUGAAUAUCGGUGGGCUGCAGAUUGACUAUGCUAUCCAAGAUGGUAUGGCGAGUGAAAUCAACGGAGUCGGAUCAACUCACUUUGCUUCCCUCUCUUAUAGAUAUUAA